AUGGACACUGGAUCUGUAAGAACCUUGUUACUUGAGGACAUUAGUGCCUGUGGUUCCUAUGAAAGUAUGUUAUUUGGGGGCACUGGUGUCUGUAACUUUUACAAGAGUACUGUUACUGGUGUCUGUGACUUACAAGAUU